CACACACACACCGACUCCUCCUGCUGCUGCUACAGGAUAUUUACCUCUAUUUGAUGUAUGUGCACAUUUACAGACUACAGCCAAGAAACAACAUUUGGACCUAUAAUCUCUGAUUAUACUUCUAAACAAAUCCCAUGUGGACGGAAGAUGACGCGCUCAGCCUCCGUGGACGCGAGACCGUAGCGAUGCCUCAGCUUGUGUGAGCUGAUAGUUUCCUCUUUGACUCUUGUCACCGUGGACUCGUCUUUCUCCCACAACUUCCGCAGCCGAAGGAGAAUUUGUGUUCAUCUCUUUGUUGUUCCCGGAGAUGACUGAAAUCAGCGAGAAGGAGAAUGAGGCCACCGUGCCCAGCCAGCCGGAAUCAAAGUUGCAGCGACUGAAGCGCUCCCUCUCCUUCAAAGCCGUCAUGCGCAGCAAGAGUGUGGACAACUUCUUCCAGCGCAGCAACGGUGAAACGCGGCCACCUUCGGCCCUCAUCAACCCACCUCCAACAACUCCCGCCUUCUCCGAGUUACCCCCGACCUAUGAGCAUUCCCCCUCGCUGUCCCCGUCCAUCAGCCCCGACCCUUCGUUGUCGUCGCACUCGCCUUCUGUGAGCCCCUCGCUCUCCGUCACCUCCAAAACCCAGCCAAAGAGCCAGGUGCAGCCAGCUAAGACUCACUGCUUUCAGGAGCACGUCUUCCGCAGGGCAACCAGCUGCCAACGAUGCAAACACAUGAUCCAAGGAAACUCCAAGCAGGGGCUGCGAUGUAAAGCCUGUAAGCUUGCCACUCACCUCUGGUGCUCGUCGGAGCUUUCCCAGCAGCCCUGCAAUGGCAAGACUGGAGCCUUCAAGAGAAACUUCAGCUCUCCGCUGCUCACCAUUGAUCCGCUGGGUGUGGUCAGAGAGGCUCCUGCUGCUCAGGAAGCAGAUAAUGGCAUUGUUGACCCCGUGUAUGAAGCACUGCGCUACGGGACAUCGCUGGCUCAGAUGAGUCGCUCCAGCUUCGGCAGUAUCUCAGAGUCUCCCUGUCAUGAGGCAGAGAAACUGCAAGACAAACUAGAAAACCAGCCUAUAGCGGAAGAGGAACACAUCCCAGGAAUGCUCACCCCUCCUGAAAGCGAGAAGGCAGAUUCAGAAGACAGGGUCAGUCUGAAGACUUCCAAACGAGUAGAGGUCCACUCCAUCCACACUUACGUGGCGCUCUACAAGUUCCUCCCUCAGGAGAAGGACGACUUGGAGCUACAGCCUGGAGACAGAGUCCAAGUCACAGAUGACGCCAAUGAGGACUGGUGGAAGGGGAAAAGCAGAGACAAGGUGGGAUUUUUCCCAGCCAACUUUGUGCAGCGGGUCCGCCCCGGUGAGCGGGUGUGGAAGGUCACCGCCGGUUUCCACGGCAACCGAGACAAAGGCCAGAUGACUGUAAAGGAGGCCCAGAUCUGUGUGGGGAAGAACGAGGACGUCGACGGUUUCCUGCGGCUGACGAGCGGCAAGAAGAGAGGCCUGGUCCCUGUGAAGUAUCUGCUGGAAAUAUGAUGGCGGCGCAUUUCUCCGUGACCCUCGGUUUGAUUAGAGACGUUCACUAUGACAGAGAGAUGCUCAGGAGUGUUUACCCAAACACCUCUCUGACCACCAGCCACCCACAUCUCCACCCCCCUCCAAAAACAGUGGCAUGGAAGUAGCAGCUCGAGUGGACGACACCGACGACGACGACCGACAAUGUGGUUUUUGACCACAGAGGUGAAAGGUUACGACGGGGGGCGGACUUUUCUUCACAGUUCUUUAGAGCUACUGUUUUGGUUUUUUUUACCGUAGCACAACUUUUACUUUGUGUGGUUUCAUACACACUCACCACAGAUAUGUAGCAUCACAUAAAAGGGGAUACGUGUGCAGGAAGUUUGGCUACCUCAUUAGCCACCUUUAUUGGCCUCCCACCUGCGAAAAAGACAAGAGGAUGACUUUAUGACGACGCCGAGGCCCGUCUGAGGACCUUCCUGUCUUCAUUCUGUUGUUUGUGAAAACGAGACAUACAAGAUUGUGAAGGAUUGUAGCCCAUUUUGUCCGGUUGUUUCCUCUUGGUUCAGUAGAUUCAGCUAAAGUAAUGAAAUGACACAGUUUUGUGGAUUUGCAGACUCGCACAUGUGCGCCCAGCUGCUCUCGUGUCGGAUUCCUCAUGUGUCACUGCUGCUAUUCGCCACAAAACGAUUCAGGUAUUACAUCAUGUACAAAUUUUAAAAGAAUUCUCUGCCACACGUUGGUCAAAUGAAAGUCACAACACACACACACACACACACACACACACACACUGUAUGUCAGACUGUUCUGCUGUGAUUAGAUUACAGUGCAUUUUUGCUCUUCACAGCACCGAUGUGACAAAUGCUCUCCGUGCACCUCAGGGGAGCUUCUCUCUCUCUCGCUCUCUCUCUGUUUCGCUCGCCGUACGCCCUUCAGUCACACUCACAGAUUUUUAUAGUUCCCUCUGUUCCGUGCAACGCUAAAGAUCAGUCACUAGCUUCUGCUUCCUUGUUGUUCUAGUCUGCGUCGUCCAUGGUUUAUGUGCAUCUAAUGUCCCGUAUUAUUCAGUCGCCCGUUUGCCGCCUCGUGUGUGUUUUCUUCCAGGGAGCAAAAAGGAAAAAAAAUAAAUAAUGACAAUAAUAAAAUUCAGGAUAAUGAAUUAAAAACCAAACUCAGUGUUGUCACAGAAGAUCAUAAACUUGUCCGAAACACGCUGAGAUUUCUUUUGAUAAAUGGCUACGUUUCCUCCCAGCACACGUGGUUACUCUUAAGUAACAAUGAGGGACUGUUAUGUUAUUGUUGCUGUAAUUAAAGGUGAUAAAGGGCAAUCGUGACCUCACAUCGUUUGAUUUAUUGCUCUAUUACAAUAAACCACAAGGCAGGAAUACACUGCCUUUGUUGCAGCAAUAACUGUAAAUACAACAAUGACAGUAUUGUGUGUGUGUAUAUAUGUAUAUAAAUAUCGGCUCUGAAUAGCACUCUGACCUGGUGGACUGCAGCUAUCCAUGAGCCAAGUAAGGGCAUUAACUACAGGAGAUUAUUCUUUAUUGUCCCACUUAUAAAUGUAUGUAAUGCAUCUAUAUGCUUAAAUAACACCUCGCCCUGUCAGCACAAAUCUUUUUAAAUACUACUAUGCACAACUGUUGUGGUCACUCACUCUAGUUUGCUUGUGUACUCUCUCUCUCUCUUACACACACACACACACACACACACACACACACACACACACACAUGCCUGUGUCAGUUCUAACUGUGCUUUUGCUUUGUCGAUAAUGAUUCAUGUUUCCCGUUCUCGGACUAGAACCACGACUGGCUCAGGAUCAGUAUUACCCAGGUAAAAUACCAUUAUUACUUCAAUGCACAGUACCAUGCUGGUUCUCUGCAUGGCUCGCUGCUCACAACUCUCAAUAAAAGUUUGAUGAAA